CUGAGGACAGUAGAAUACGUGACUGACUCCAAAACCAUUCGUAUUUCACGAAUUUUGAAUUUAAGAGAGUGUCAUAAAAUUUUGGAAAAACAAAAAAAAAAUCAAAAUGGACAAAAAAGUCAAACUAACUGAAGAAGCAAGCUGGAAACAAUUAGAAGAAUACUUUUCAAGUACUGGAUCUAAAAUUAAAAUUGCUGAUCUAUUUCAACAAGAUCCACAACGAUUUGAAAAAUUUAGUUUGACACUUGAAACUCCAGAAGAUGGAAAUAUUUUAUUGGAUUACUCAAAAAAUAGAAUUGACGAAAAAGUUAUGGGCUUUUUAAUCAACUUGGCUAAAGAUCGCCAAAUUGAAAAAAUGCGUGAUGCAAUGUUCGCUGGAGAGAAAAUCAACUUUACUGAAAAUCGUGCGGUAUUGCAUACUGCUCUUCGUAACAGAAAAAACACACCAAUCCUUGUUGAUGGAAAAGACGUUAUGCCGGAUGUAAAUGCUGUAUUACAGCAUAUGAAGGAAUUUACUAAUCAAGUGAUUAAUAAAGAAUGGAAAGGAUUUACCGGUAAACCAAUUGAAGACGUAGUCAAUAUUGGAAUCGGUGGUUCAGACUUGGGUCCUCUUAUGGUAACAGAAGCUCUAAAACCUUAUCACAUUGGCCCCAGAGUGCAUUUUGUCAGUAAUAUUGAUGGUACUCAUAUUGCUGAAACUUUAAAAAAAUUAAAUCCAGAGACAGUGCUCUUUAUUAUUGCUUCAAAAACCUUUACAACUCAGGAGACUAUUACAAAUGCUACCUCUGCAAAAUUAUGGCUUUUAGAGCAUUUGAAAAACGAUGCUGCUGUAGCAUCACAUUUCGUAGCUCUAUCAACCAAUAAUCAGAAAGUGAAGGAGUUUGGAAUCGACGAAAAAAAUAUGUUCGGGUUUUGGGAUUGGGUUGGAGGACGCUAUUCCUUGUGGUCAGCUAUUGGCUUGUCAAUUUCAUUGUCAAUCGGUUUUGAUAAUUUUGAAAAAUUAUUAAGUGGUGCAUUUUUCAUGGAUCAACAUUUCCGUUCUGCUCCUUUAGAAAAAAAUGCUCCAGUGAUUCUUGCAUUGCUGGGCGUAUGGUAUCACAACUUUUUCAAAGCAGAAACUCAUGCAUUAUUACCUUAUGAUCAGUACCUUCAUAGAUUUGCUGCAUAUUUCCAACAGGGAGAUAUGGAAAGUAAUGGAAAAUAUGUUACACGAUCAGGAUCAACCGUAAAUUACUCAACUGGACCAAUAGUUUGGGGAGAACCCGGUACUAAUGGUCAACAUGCAUUUUACCAGUUAAUUCAUCAAGGCACUAGAUUGAUACCAGCAGAUUUUAUUGCACCUGUUUUAUCUCACAACAAAGUUCAAGGCGAUUUACAUCACAAAAUAUUAUUAGCAAAUUUCCUUGCACAAACCGAAGCUCUCAUGAAAGGCAAAAAUGAAAGUCAAGCUAAAGAAGAACUGCAAAAAGCUGGACUUAGUGCAGACCAAGUGAAUCUUCUAUUACCUCAUAAAAUGUUUGAAGGAAAUCGUCCUACUAACAGUAUUCUUGCAAAAAAAAUUACUCCUUUCAUCUUGGGUGCUUUAAUUGCCAUGUACGAACACAAAAUAUUUGUUCAGGGUAUCAUUUGGGACAUCAACUCCUUUGAUCAAUGGGGUGUUGAACUCGGAAAACAAUUAGCGAAAGCAAUUGAACCAGAGUUAAACAAUAAGGAUAAAAUAACGUGUCAUGAUGGUUCAACCAAUGGUCUAAUCAACUUUAUCAAGACUCAUAGUGCUUAGAUUUUAUCUAGUCACGAUUAAAAAUUACGGCUUAAAAUAUUUAAAAUGUAUCACGAAGCUAAUGGUAUUAUUGUAACAACUACGAGGAGAAUACAAAGUUACUCAGAUAUAACAGA